UUCUUAUGACAUUUAUUCACUACCCAUCAAUCAUACUACCAUCUCGCUGUUGCGGUUCACUGUUCAUACUUCUCUUGAGAUUAUGUCUUCGGGCAGAUCAGCUGGUAGCAAUGCCAGUAAUGGAAGCAAGAAAGUAGGCGGAAACAUAAAGAGUGAGGUCAAAACUGAACCUGGAUUUCAAAUCAAAAGGGAAGGUGAAGAUGGUCCAAGUUCCAGUAAUGGCUUACAAAAUGGUCGUCCAAAAAAGGAACAAUCUCCUCCUCCUCCAACGACAUAUCGUGAUAUUCCUCUUCUAAGUAGUACAUUGGAUGAUUGGCGAUAUCAUUUGAUGCGAUUACAAUCACAUGCAGUCAUUGAUCCUUCAGAUCCUCAAAGAUUUCCAUUCCCGGUCAAAUUGAAUCGAAAGUACCCUCCAAAGCUAAAAGAUCCUCUUCCGCAUGCAGGCGAUCCAGUUAUCGAUCAAUUCGGUAAACCAGUCUUGGUUCCAGCACAAAGGAGAGAUCCUUCUCAGCCAAAUCAACAACCUUUAACCCCUGCUGAACGAAAGCGAAUUCCACUCCUUUGGCCUGGACCUGACGAUGACGUUCAUGAGAUUGAAGAAUUGGUGCAAAGACUUGAAACGCCAAAAGGACCUCAAGCUGAUGCAUCUUUGAUCGGUCCAAGUAAUUCAUCAAAUAAUGCAACAAGAGCAAAAGCUGGAUUGUUUAAAAAAAGAGUACGUGAAAUUCAUAAAGCUUCAGCAGAAGCUAGAAAGACACACAACGAAGAAGUUUUGCCUUGGAUAUUGGAAGACUAUGAAACCAGCAAAGAAUGGGAAAGUAGGCGAAAGGAGAGCAGAAGAGGAUUAAAAGCUCUACAGCAAGGCAUCAAAGUUCGAAGGAAAGGAGGACGCUUUCCAAGUUUGCCCAAAAGAGAGGAGGAGGGUUUGGAUGCUGCAGGUGUAAAAAAGGAAGACCCUGAUGGAAGCGGUAUAAAAGCCGAUCCGGAAAGUUUGGGUGAGAAUCAUGCACCUUGGAUAGGAAAGAUGGAAGGUGAGGCACAUGAAAGUGCAAGCACUUCGGCUGGUGGCGCAACAUCUCACGCUUUGUUCGUGUUUGAUGAAAGAGAUGCUGGUGGUUUUCGUGUCGUGCCAGUAAGUCGAAUGUACAAAUUUUUACAAAAGCCCAAGCAUGCCAACGAUAUGUCCUAUGAUGAAGCGGAAAAGGCAUUUGAAAAGCAACAAAAAUCACGUACGGGCGAAGGUGGUCAAGCUUGGGCUAAUCAUACAAACAGAAUUGUCACAGGGCCCGGUGCGUUCAAUAGAGGUGGAAAUGCCGGCAAUGCUCCAAGAGAUUAUACUUCUGCUUCGAUCUAUCGACAUCUUGCCUUACCAGGCUCAGGCAACUCUCAAUCAUCACGACCGAAUGUGGCAACGAUUUAUGACAGGGACAGCUCAGCAAGGAGGAAUCAGUUCGUUGCCGUCUCUUCCGAAACAAAGCGUGGAAUUCGAGUGAAAGAUGAAGAAGGAACAUAUGGCGAAAAUGCAUUUGAAGAAGACUUUGCGGAUGAUGAAGAGCGAAAUGAAGGUGAUGAUUUUGCAAUGGGAGAAGAAGAGACGCGCGAAUUAGAGCAAAGAUUGAAGAGAGAAAUGGCAAGAGCAGAAGAGCAAGAUGAAGAGGAUGAUGACUUAUUCGAUGAUCCAACUCGACCCGGAAAGGGAGAGAAUGACGUUCUUACGGGAAGUGGUCAACAAAUGAAAAAGAUUAUGAAAGCAUUGGCAAGACGAGAAGGGAAUGACAUAUAUGAUGAAAACGAUGAAGAUCGCAAUCCGUAUCUAAGUGAUGAUUCAGAUGGGGGUGAAGAAACUGUGAUGGCAAAUCCAGAAGAAGCAUUGCGACGAGUACGUGAAGAAAAAGAGCGAGAAGCUCGUGAAGCAGCAAAGAAUAACAAAGAGAACGGAACGAGUGCAAAUGGUACGCCUGCAGCUAAUGGAAGCAAUACGGAUGCAAAUACUGCCAAUCCAAGUGUAGCUCAAUCAAAGGUUGCAUCAAAAGAAGCAUCGAGAUCUGGUACACCAGUUCCACGACCCGGUGAUCAAAGACCAACAAACAGACCUAUGAGUGGAAGUCAACAUCGCCCUGGUGCAGGUCAUGUCAAUCUUGCACAACGGGCGACGAGUCCCCAUGCACACAGUCGUCAAGGCAGUCGAUCUGGCAGCCCAGUUUUGGACAAUACCUCACCUUCGUCAUCAUUGAAACGUAAAUCAGAAGCACCCAGUGGUUCAGCCGGUGGUGUUCAUACGCCCACCUCUGCUAAUUCAGGUAAGCGAAUGCGAACGGGUACCGGGGGAUCGACAUCGAAUCCUGUUUCACCUGGGAAUGCUUCGCCACGAUCAGGAUCGCCUUCUCGUGGAAGUGUAAGGCAUGCAGGCACACGUGGAGGAUCACCUCAACCUUUGACUGAAUUAGAACGUGAGAUUGUUCAAUUGGUAAAUCAAGGUAAAGCAAAGACGACUAAAGAGUUGAUCGGUCAUUUCUCUGCAAGAUUAAAUGCUCAAAAUCCAUCAGCAAAGAAAUCUUUUUCGGAAGCUUUUUUGAGAGUUUUGUAUACCAAAAAACCCGAAGGAACGCUUGCUGUUCGAGCAGGUAUUAUGGAAUAAUGUACAUUCACCCUAGAUACUCUUUAUCUCGAUCUAUAGACCUCUUCUUUUCCGUUGUGAGCGUGCGUCACGAUGCCAUUCCGUCAAAGACCAGGCGCAGCGCUGCGUCUCGGUCAUUUUCCUAGUAAAUUUCGAAAUAUGUUGUGGACGAUUACCAGUAUAUAAGGAGAGGCCU